UCUAGACAUAUGCUGUGUAGGAUGGAUGAAGCAUAAACAAGCUUCACAACUUUUAUUUAAAAAAAAAUAAAAAAAAUUGUGAAUCCCGUGCCAGGAAAACACAGCUUCCUCAUCUGUGUCUACCGUCAUACUUACAUGGAUACAGAAUGCAUCUGUGGGUCGAGAGACCUUCUCUUAUAUUAUUCCUGUUAUCUGCCCUGCCAAAUGUUCUCCUGCGCCCCAUCCAAUCCCACCCAUCAAACGGUACCAGGUAUAAUGUAGUGAUGGUGAUGAGCGAUGCAUUUGAUGGAAGGCUGACUACCGCUCUAGAAAAUAAUUUUGUACAAUUGCCUAAUUUACAGUUCAUGAAAAGCAAUGGAGCUGUGUUUCUGAAUGCAUACACUAACUCUCCCAUAUGCUGUCCUUCUCGUGCAGCUAUGUGGAGCGGACUGUUUGUUCAUUUAACGGAAUCCUGGAAUAACUACAAGUGCCUUGAUCCAGAUUACCUGACUUGGAUGGAUCUUGUAAAAAUGAAUGGAUAUGUCACACAGAGGUUUGGAAAACAAGAUUAUGUGAGUGGAUCUCACUCUCUCAGCAACCGUGUGGAAGCCUGGACGAGAGAUGUCCCAUUUCUCCUCCGACAAGAAGGACGACCCGUUGCAGAUCUUACUGGAAACGCAACAAAAAAAAGAAUAAUGGAGGAAGAUUGGAAGAAUACAGAUAAAGCAGCAGACUGGAUAAGGAAUGAAGCUCAUAACCUGUCACAACCAUUUAUGCUCUAUUUGGGAUUGAAUCUACCACAUCCAUACCCUUCAGAAAAUAUGGGUGAAAACUAUGGAUCCUCAACAUUUCUAACGUCUCCGUAUUGGCUCAAAAAGGUGGCGUACAAGAAUGUAACUAUUCCGAAAUGGAUACCCUUACAGAAUAUGCAUCCGGUGGACUACUAUUCUACAUACACUAAGAAUUGUACUGGGCACUUUACAGAUAGGGAGAUCCAAGACAUAAGAGCAUACUAUUAUGCUAUGUGUGCAGAGACGGACGCACUAAUGGGUGAGAUCAUAGCCGCGCUCAGCGACACUGGACUUCUGAACACAACAUAUGUGUUGUUCACGUCCGAUCAUGGCGAACUUGCGAUGGAACACCGUCAGUUUUAUAAAAUGAGCAUGUACGAAGGAAGCGCUCACAUUCCCCUUAUAAUCAUGGGACCCGGGAUAAAGUCCCAUCGACAAAUAUCAACUAUAGUUUCUCUUGUAGAUAUCUACCCCACUAUGCUUGAAAUUGCUGGAGUUCAUAUUCAUGAAAAAAGGAGUGGCUAUUCUCUAAUGCCACUAUUGUCUGCCCAGUCAGCGAAAGAUAUCUUUUCCAAUAAUUAUUUGCACCCUAACUGGGCACUGAGUGAAUUUCACGGCUGCAAUGCCAACGCUUCAAUCUACAUGCUUCAGGCUGGCCGAUGGAAGUACAUCACCUUCUCAGAUGGUGCUUCAUUCCCUCCCCAGCUGUUCGAUUUAUCCACGGACCCAGAAGAGUUGAAAAAUGUUGCAGGACAGUUUCUUGAAAUCACGCUCUCAAUGGAUAAGAUGCUUCGGUCUAUUACUGAUUAUGUAAAAGUGUCUGACUCCGUCCACGUAUACAACAAGCAACAGUUCGCCAACUGGAAAGCAAGUCUGGGUCAGAACUAUACCAAUGUCAUUUCCAAUCUGCGAUGGCAUCAAGACUGGAGCAAGAAACCAAAAUACUAUGCCACAGCAAUCGACAAGUGGCUUAAAAAUUAAAUUCCAAAUAAUGAAAUAACUCAUUGAUUUUUCUCAUGUAAGCAUCUAGAAUAAGACUUGUACACAAAUACGUUUCAGCUGUUACAAGCAAAUCAAAUGCCUUUUAAUCUGUGGCCGAACAAAAUGACCCAUUCGGGAUUUUUCUGAAUAGGACUCCACAGGUAAAUCCCGGGCGAAUCGAUUCAUUUGGACAGAUUAAAAGACAUUUGAUUUGCUCAUAGCAGUUGAAAUGUAUUUGAGCAUAAGACUAAUUCAAGAAUAGUGUGUUGAUACAUUUGGACUAUUGCUUACAGAUCCUUAAUAAUUCUAAUAAAACAUCUCAAUGAUACGUGAUUAGCUUGUAACUAACCAUGCUUACAUUUAUUGAAAUAAAAAAAAUCUGAAGCUAAUUA